CAGCUCUCUGCCUCUUCUUUCCGAUCGCCAUCCUCUCCCCGUCAGCAAUCGACGGCAUGUCUACACCGCAAUUCACUGAGGGAGAAAUCGACUUCGACGCUCCCGGCGCCGGCAAGCCGUGCAAAACUUGGUACAAGGUGUUCGGAGACCUUUCUUCCAAGACGCAUCGACCACUUCUGGUCGUCCAUGGCGGUCCAGGUGUCGUUCACCAGUAUCUCCUUCCGAUAUCUCAGCUCGCCACGGACUAUGGUAUACCGGUCAUUUUCUACGACCAGAUCGGGAACGGGAACAGCACGCACCUGCCCGAGCUCAAGGACGACAAGUCCUUCUGGACCGAGGCUCUCUUUCGCGCCGAGCUCGACAACCUGAUCGUCAAGCUCGGCAUCCAGGAUGACUUUGCCGUCCUCGGGCACUCGUGGGGCGGCAUUCUAGGCGCACGGCUGGCCGUGGACCACACCCCGGGUCUGAAAAGACUCAUCCUCGCUGACAGUCUGACGAGCAUGGAGCUCUGGUCCCGCUCGCUACGCGAACUGCGCGCCGGUUUGCCGCAGGAGCUCCAAGACACGCUUCGCAAACACGAGGAAGAUGGCACCAUACACUCCACUGAGUAUCAGGCCGCCGUCGGUGCGUACUUCCAGUUGCAUGUUUGCCGCCUCAACCCCAUGCCGGAGGAGCUCAUCAGCACAUUCGCGGAGAUGGGCAAAGACCCCACAGUCUGCGUCGCCAUGUACGGCCCGACGCAAUUCGAGGUGACGGGACCUCUGAAAGACUAUAACAUCGAGGCGGAACUCGACAAGAUUGAAGUUCCGACGCUGCUGAUCAACGGAAAGUACGAUGAAUCGAGGAGCUACGUGAUCCAAAAGUUUUUUCGACCUGAUUCCGGACGUGAGCUGGACGAGGUUUGCGCAGUCCAGCCACAUGCCGCACCUGGAAGAGCGUGAAAAGUAUCUGCGCGUCGUCGGCGCGUUCCUCACGCAAUCUUAGCGCUCGAGCGCUGUCGCGAUUACAUUGUACACUGUAUAUUAUGUCCUUCAAACUUGCU